AUGGAAGCAAGUAAAAUUCCAUUGCGCCUAAUACACGCAGCGCGAGACAUAUCGCGACUGCCACCUGAGCUUCAUGAGGCGAUUCUCUCUCAGCUUGGAUUUGCCGACAUUGUGCGCUUGUCCCUCGCGCCAACAGCAAGCCAUGUUCUCAACGACAACAUUUGUCUCAACGAUGAAUGGAAAUGGCUAUUCUCGGACAAUCUAGACAAUAUUAAAGCAUCAUGGGCUGCUCUUGAUGCCAUCUGUGAUCUCUGGUGCCAAAGGUCAUGGCUAGCUAUGUGGAGGGCAAGAAACUCUAUUCAAAAGGGAUCAAACGGCAUUUUUUCUGCUAUGAGCCCAGAGCUUGAGGAACGGUAUUAUUCUGCUCUCUGGGUGCCCUUGGAUGAAAACACCACAUCCAAGACAAUUAACAGUGAUCUGCGAAUGGUGGUCAUUGCUGUCUUUGGUGUCUUUCUUGGAGCAGAAAAAGGCCAGUCAGACUGGCGCAAUGGGGAUUAUUUCGGCCUACAACACUGGAGAAAUGACCGGACCUUGGGGGCGAUCGGCUUCCAACCGAAUGGUGACACUCAAGAAACCUGGGAGCAGCACAUGGAGAACGCACCGACUGAGGAGGUGCUUACGCUCUGUGCCGAAUCACUUGCAUCGAGGGCCUGGAGCUUUGAGGAAAUUCUGAUAGUGCUUCCUGUCUUGCGGCAAGCUCUUGGUAUGAUAAACUCAGCCCAAAGCGCAGAAUUGGAGGCUAUGGCAGACUUGUACCAGCGUUACAGCGAGAUCCUGAAGGAGCCAGGCGCACCAAAUACGCCUCGACAUAAUACCAACCAUAUUAUUACGCAGCUGCGCCUCGGAGCCGCACAAGGACGCAGGCGGCCAGCCUUCGUAUCGCGCAGGACGCGUGCCGAACCUGACUUGGACGUCGUGCCAGCCACCGCCACGGUUGGAAAUUACAGGUUCCGUCACCUGCAUCUUCCUCUGAUUCCGUACAACUGGUGCAUUCAUCUCUUCAACAGCAUAAAUGAACGAUACCCCGUUCAAAAAGCGACAAAGUAUUCACCAUACCCAGCAGAACUGCUCGGUCACCUCCAGGUGGCCUUGGAGGAAUUCGAGUAUAUGUACAGCCAUGGAAGUGGACAGGACAGCCCAAGAACACCACGUAUAUCCAACGAUGGUUCAUAUCAUUUACUACAUCUAAGUGUGGCAUAUGGAUGCCCAAAGUCGCCUGCAGAGAUUCGCUGGCUGGUAGCCUUCGCGAAAUGUGUCAGCUGGAUAUCCAAAGCCUUCCCGCAAGAUGCUUCGAUCUCCAAGCGAGUCUGGUAUGAUCCAGAACCUGCUACAAACACAGUCCGGCUCAAAAGCAGCGUCAUGAAUGCCGAGGACUACGUCGCUAUGGUGGAAACAGCGUCUCCCGGUGAAAUUGCCAAGCAUCUCUUACUUGACUCGCAAAUAUGUGACAACAAGCGCGACAAGCUUGAUGGCAUGCUACCUAGUCUUUUGGCCCUUUACCUCCCGCCGUUCCAGUCUGAGAAAGGGCGCGCAAUCGCAAAGCGAUUGAUGCCGACCAACGGAACAUCUAGUGUCAGCACCAGCCGCUUGCUUUAUGACAGUAUUGUAAGCAAAAUCACUUAUUGCAUUCAGUAUCCCAGAGUCGGUGAGCCCACGGAAGAUGUUUUCCAAAAGAUCAACCCCAAGAAUGCUGCCAAGGAGCCUGUUGAAUCAUUUCAUACUACUGGAAAGACCUCCUCUGAGAGUGCUCUUGCAUCUACAGCUGAGCAGACGCUACAAGCCAGCAUCCGCAUAGCUGAGGCUUUGCGAGACGAUCGCUGCGAUGAUAAAGACAUUCAGACUGCUACUACCGCGCUCGCCGCACUCCAUGAUCUAAUCAAAUUGCAGGCCUUACACAAUACCAAGAUCAAGGUCGAGUCUAAAGACUGGGAUACUAUCGACAAGGAAUACCAGUACUCUCUAUCUCACACAUCAUCAGUACAGCCCCCGUAGCGUUCCAUUAUGCGCUGCUACAUCUGCCGCUUCACCUCUACCGAGC